GCGAUAUAUAUGAAGUAUGUUGUGAUAUAGUUCGAUUGUUUUUCAUAAUAGGUUACUUUCAUUCUUUACCCAUUUCACUGUAUAUUUAACGUAUAUACUAAUUUUACGAAAACGUUCAACAUAUUACGAUGACCUAUCAUAACAUAGCGAGGUUUUACCCGCUGCAGAUCUUCAGGCUUCCGUGCUUACCUGCUUGGCCUUUUCGAGGAUGCCAGUUCCUCUCGUACUUCACAUAGCCAGCCUUGUGGCAUCUUUAUAUAUUUAUGCACAUAUGUUUGGUUGCGGAUACGAGACUACAGUCAGUCAUUGAUUGUCAUCAUCAUUUUAAAAUACACAGAAAGUCUUUUUAUAUCAUGUCUUCAGCCAUCAAAAGUACGAAAGAUUCUAUUGCAGACACUAUGCACGGUGCGAAAGACACGGUGAGCAACGUUAUACACCAAGACGGUGGCCGACGGGAGAAGGCAACAACUGUGGCAGACGAGACGGGAAGUGGAGCAGGGAGCGUGGCUAACAAUGCAUAUACUUCUAUGCAAGACAAGAAAACGGGUAUGAGGACUAUGGCACAGGGGCUCAAGGAGAAUAUCAAGGGUAUUAAAAGCACCCCCUGAAGGACGCACAGAAAGAGGCUAUGGACGCUUGCAAAUAAUAAUAGAUUCGUAUACGGGAGAGCAGCGUGCAUACAUACGUUCAUGUAUGUGAACGGCUGCUAUAAUGUAUAUGUUUGCUAAGGUGGAUGACUGGGAACGUUGUGCCGAGUACUUCAAGUGCGAAGUAAGUUACGGGAAUCCAUGGAAACUAAUAUAUAGUUUACGGCUAUAUCGUGUAUAACACGUGUGCUACCAUUGGCCUCUUACGCAAAAGGAUGCGGGCAAGACAACUGCAUAAGCACAAUACUCCAAGUAAGUAUAUGCGAAUCGUUGAUCUAUCAUGGUUUGAAGCUUGGGAGUUACAGGAAAGCAUGUAUACAGUAUGGAAGUCCUACAUGAGGAAAACAUCGUGCAAUAUACUUAUCUGGUUUCCUGAAUUCUCGAGGCGCUCGAGGCGUAUGCAAGUAGUAGAUAGAAGGAUGUUAUUUUGAAUAUCUCGAUAGUUGUUAGUAGGUUGUUAACGGCAGUGUUCAGCGCAUAUUCGAGUCGGACGUAUGACUGGCACACAGAUUUGCGAAGCAACAUAGUGCGAGCUGGCCUCUUCCACAGCUUGAUUGGAUGGUUGUCGACCACGAAAACGAUGACCCUUUUGACACCUGAUGAAUACUGGAGGCUGGAGGCGAUGCAGUGUCGAAAUUCAUGAUGCCGAAUUUGCGGGUGUACGGAUGACCCCUUGUAGCUGAUAACACACAUUUAUGGGAUGUUAGUACGAAUGGUCUUGCUGUAGAAACUUCAACCAUAGACAUCGGGCUUGGUUUUAGAUGCUUACAGUCUUCAAUCGAAUAGACAGUCGGACACUUCGUAUAGGGUUAGGUUCCGGCAAAUGCCUUGCAGAAGGCAAAAACGAUGUAAAUACAGUUGACGGGAGAGUCUCUAUCACUGUCCACCAAUGCAAAAAUCACGUCUAGAUGUUAAAUUUCAUGUCUCACAGGAAAUAUGAAUGUUCCCUUCCCAAAGAUGAAUUACGGCAAUAAUCCUAUUCAGCAUUGCGCAAAUACAAAAAACCAUGAACUGACGUGUAUACGUAUAGUACAGUCUGUUGAAAAUGUAACAAGUGUCAUAAAUUCGAUAUCGUGCAAGUUUAUCCGUCUUCGGAUAAACUGUUCUAUCAGAUAUGUUUGUUUACGAACUAAUAUAAGAUACCUGUAAAGUGUUUGCGAACAAAUAUAAUAUACCUGUAAAUAAAAUCAGCAUAAUUGUAUAUGCAUAACUGAUGUA